AUGUCAUGGUCAACAAGAAUUAAGGUAGACCUUGAUGCAGCAAGAGGAGUUGAGUACCUCCAUGAGUAUGCUGUGCCACCAAUUAUUCACAGGGACAUCAAGUCAUCAAACAUACUACUUGACACCACGUGGACUGCCAAGGUGUCCGAUUUUGGGCUAUCGUUGAUGGGUCCACAAGGGUACAAGGUAAUUCACAAGAAUGAGAAUGGGUUGCCAAGAAAUGUGGUGAAUUAUGUAGUUCCAUACAUAAUUCAAGAUGAAAUUCAUAGGGUUUUGGAUGGGAGGGUGCUCCCUCCUACACCAUUUGAGAUUGAAGCAGUGGCAUAUGUGGGGUACCUUGCUGCAGAUUGUGUCAUGCUAGAGGGACAAGAUCGGCGGCCAUCAAUGAGGGAAGUUGUAAAUAGCUUAGAAAGAGCCCUAGUGGCAUGCUUGGCACCCCCGGUGUUAUCUCCAUCUACCACAGACUCCUCAACGUAA